AUGACUGAUGGUUCUGGAAUCAAGUAUCUGGAAUAGUACGUUUGCUUCAAUUCCAUGUAAGUUGGAUCAAAAGGAACCGUAUUUAGAGGAUGCUUAUUGAAUAACACAACCCAAAGUUUAGCAAUUAAAUAAUGCGAAUUGCAUGUAAGUGUUGAAAUUAAGUAAAAAGAGUGAGUCUGAAAGUUUGAAAACCUUGGAUCUCAUCAAAAUGGAGUUGAAGAGAUUGCAGAAUAUCAAACAUCCCAAUUUCAUUAAGAUCUACGAUGUCAUCAAAAAUCACAAUAUGCUGUACUUCAUCCAAAUGCUUUGUGAAGAUGGCAGUCUCCAGGAUCAUCUCACUCUGCGGAAAGACAAACCCCUAAGUGAAGUACUUUAUGUGUUCAUUAAUUAAGCAUGAGUCAAUACAAUUCAUGUAACAUAUUAUCGAAGGAUAUAAAGAGUUAAACAUGGUUAAUAUCAUUCAUAACAACUUGAAACCAUCCAACAUCCUCUUACACAAAGGAGUGGCUCUGAUCUCCGAUCCCUAUUACGCAGGAAUCCUCUAAUAAGAAGUCAUGAAAGGACUCGCCACCCAAGACAUCAAUACCUUAAAGAAUCUUCCAUUCCCAAGUUAUUUGGCUCCAGAAGUUCUGCAUGGACAGCCUUACACUAGUAAAUGCGAUAUUUGGUCAUUGGGCUUGAUAUUUUACUAAAUGCUCUAUGGAGUACAGCCUUGGUAUGCCUAAAAUAUCCACGAGUGGCUGGAUAAUAUUAGUAAAUUCGUACGUACUUAUCUCUCUUAGUUAGCCAUUGCAAUUCCCACCUCGACCAACUAGAAAAUAGAGUAUUAAAGAACUGCUUACCAAGAUGCUUACCGUUUCUCAAGAGGACAGAAUCUCAUUCCAAGAUCUGAUUCAAGACCCCGUACUCAUCAUCAAGCAGGAGGAAGAAUAAAUUGAUUUCUAGGGCACUUCAGAUAAAGGUACCAAUGAUCCCAAUUUAAAAUAGAUGAAUUUUUGUAUUUAAUCAAAGCAAACGGGGUUAUUCUCGAGAAAAAUCUAGUGGUCAAGUAUCUAAUGAAAGAGCAGGUAGUGUUAGCAUUAGAGGAAGAUUAAUGGAAGCAGAGUGAUGUGGAGGCGAGAAUCUAGCAAUGUUAUUAUGAGAAGGAACCAGAUAUCUCGGUAUUUAUAAACAUCUUACAUAAAAAGGUAGAAAGGAUGGCUAUCAAAUACAAAAAUGACAAGAAGAAGAAAGACAUUUUCCAAAAAUACUAUUAGUAUUUCAUCUUUGAAAGAAAUAUUGCCUUCUUUUAUAAUUUUCUCGUGUAAAGGAUUGUUAAAUUGCAAGUGGAUUGGCAGAUACAACUACAAAUAGAUUUUUAUCAUAGGUUGAUUUACUUAAUAGCCAAAUAUCAAAUGAUUAUUUUAACUAGAAUUAGUAACUAACUUCAAGCAAAUGGUAAUCACAGUUUUGAUCAAGAUCUCUGGGGAAGAUUUCAAAAAUCUUAAGUAUUUAAGAAUUGUGUAUAAAACAUUAGUAAUAUUAACUAUUGGUAGCGUAAAUAGAAUAAGAUGGUCUUAAUUCUUUGGACUUCUAUAAGUCAAUUUCUAAAAGAUGUUAGUAGAUCCUAAGAGAGGAAUUCGAGAAUAAUAAACACAAUCAAUUGAUUGUGGGCAUGAUCAAUAAUUUCUAGGCUGUCUUGAACGAGAAUUUUGAAGCUAAUGAAAUUUUUAAUGUGCUCUUCAGAGAAUGCAUUAUGGAAUGUCUCAAGGUUGUCAAAACCUUAGCAAGCAAAUAAGUAGACAUCAAUCUAUUAAAUUACUAUCUAUUGAUCUCACUCAAUCCCUACGAUGAAUUCAAAGAUAUCAAUUAUGAUUUCAACACAUUUUAUGAAGAUUCAGAAAAUUAUUCAUUCUAAGAAUUACAAGAAAAAUUAGCAAAGAAAAGCAAUAAAUGA